AUGAUGAUUAAAUCUUUACACAAUCAUCCCAUCUUUCUUCUUACUAUUCUUACCAUUCUCUAUCUCACUGCUGAUCUCCCAUUUAUUAUGAGUUUUAUUCGUACAGGUUUUGACAUUAUUCGAAUACCAUCAUUCUGCAAGUGGUGGUUUUGGUUUGAUUAUACUCUUACUGCCGAAAGUCUUUAUCUUGCAGCAAUUUCAAGUAUUCAACGACAUAUUGUUGUUUUCCAUUCUCAAUGGUUACGUUCUCGACGAUUAAGAUGGAUGGUACAUUACAUCCCAUUAAUAUUUUGUGUGAUUUAUCCAGCAUUGUUUUAUAUUAUUAUUAUGUUUUUAUACCCAUGUACGAAUUUUUAUGAUGAAACAAGUCUAAAUUGUAUGUAUCCUUGUUAUAUGAAUACCAUAGCUAUAACUACCACAGACUGGAUUGUUAAUUCAGCAAUUCCAGUAUGGACUAAUGGCAUAGCAAAUCUAUUGUUAAUUGUACGUGUGAUACAUUCGAAGAGAAAAAUUUAUCGACAACAAAGAAAUACUUGGAAUAAACAGAAAAAAUUAGCUUUUAACUUACUUGUUUAUUCAUUACUAUAUUUUCUCUGGUUUCCAACAACAAUUAUUAUGUUGAUACAAUAUUCUGUUUAUCCUACAUUAAUUCAAGAUAUACUUGCGGUUUAUUAUGUUUAUGCUUCCUGUAUAUUCGUUGCGCCUCUCCAACCUUUCAUGUUUCUACUUGCAUUACCUGAAUUAACUCAAAGUAUUAAACGUCAAUUAAGACUCGCACGACCAACAGUAGCAACGGAAAUACCUCUUGCAGUGCCAAAGCCCAAUUUGACAUCGAAAAGAAUUCAUGUUAACAAUGACGGACAAAACUAA